AUGGCCAAUACUCGGCAGGCUUCAAAACGGAGCCGCGUCCUCAGCUUCACGAGCAAUAAAUCUGGGAGAACACAUAAGAGCAGCGGGUCAGGGUCCAAGAUGGAUCUUACAGAGACACAUGAGGAAAAAGAAGCAAAGCGAAUGCAUACGUACGCCGACCCGACUCGUGCCAUACAGGAGUUGCAGCCAUCCCGCUAUUCGUUGCAGAAGUCGAAUCUGGAGUCGUUGCGAUCGAUACAACACAAGGAUAUCUAUGGGAAUCUAAUCACUGAUCCCGACCUAUCGAAUCCUACACGACAUCGGUUUGAGCGUCCACUGGAUACAAUCCGUUCGUUCGAAGCAGCCAUUGACGGAAGCUAUAUGAACCGGAGGGCUUCAUAUGUUCGCGGAGAUGAAAGCACAAAUGGCGGCUACAGCCGACGAAGUAGCUACUUUGGAGACCGCGGAACAGCAGCUGGAGGACCCAGCCAUCAGAACCGCGGCUACAACGAACAGGCCAAUUACUCCACCCAGCCCCCUAGCCAGUCAAGACCAGACAGCUAUGUUGAAAGCAACAAUGGCGGCGGUGGCGGGAAUUAUAACGAACACAACAAUAAUGGCUACUAUGGCAACUACGGCAGCAAUGGUAACAAUAGUAAUAAUGGGUACCAGCAACGUGUCCCUCCCCACGGAGGGCGACGUAUGAACCCCGAUCAGCAGAUGCAAGGCCACAACAGUAAUAGCCCGGUCUACCACCAGUCGCCGGGUGGACAGCAAUAUGCGCAAGAUGAGAAUUAUUCGUCAGAACAAAUGGCAGAUUACGGAGAACCCAGCUCUGCAGGCGGAAACAUGGAAGACGGCAUGCAGUACCAACAGCAUCGACAACAACAAGGAAAAGGCCAAGGCCAAGCUGAGCAAGCUGAGACACAGGCAGAAACAUACGGCUUCUCCGGCUUCGCCAGCACGCCGGAUCUCGACUACCCACCACAAGUUUCCUCUGCGUCGAAUCAUGGAUACUAUCAGGGCCCUGUCGAUGGCUACAAUAAUGGUGGUAGCAGCCAGGCGUUCACAACUCCAAAUGUAUCGAGGAAUGAUGCCAGUGGUGCGGGUGGACCGGGGUUAAAUGUUGGGUCAUCUGUCAUGCGGAAACCGGUUGGGGUCGUGGCUUCAGCGCAGGCUGCUGCUGCGGCACCUGCUGCGGCUCCGGAGAGGAAGAAAAGUUUCUUUAAGCGGUUUAGUAAGUCUUGA